AUGAAUACAUCUGUUACUCCAUCAAUUAUCAUUCGUAGCUAUCAGCCAUCGGAUUUAUCUGCAUGCCAAGCUCUGAUGUUAGAUGGCCAUAAGGAAUAUGAUAAUGGCAUGGCAUAUUACAUGCAUGUCUUUCAAACAGAUAUGGCAGAUAUUGAGAAGAAUUAUCUUCAAGUGCCGAAUGCUCAUUGGUGGGUUGCUGUGUCAACCGAUGACAAUCGUAUCGUAGGUCAAGUAGCAGUGCAACCACUACGUCUCGGCAGUCCGAUUUACUAUGAGACAUUGCCAUUGGAAGAGAGAGAUCACAUCUGUGAGUUGCGACGAAUGAGUGUGGUUCCCGAUGUUCAAAGACAUGGUAUCGGUUUUCGUCUAUUAGUAACUUUAUUGGAUUUUGCGCGACAACAUGGCUAUCGACAAGUACAUUUGACUACAUUAGCCAGCAUGAGCAAAGCUUGUGCAUUCUAUCAAAAACAUGGUUUUGUGCAAGGUGAAAUUCAUCGCGUGUCAAAUGAUGAAUCGAACCUUGAAAAACCUACACAACACAAAGAACAUGUCUGGAAAAGUCUUUCAAACCGGUUUAUUUUCAAGCCUGGAGAUAUUAUACCUGAAGAAGAUCAACAACGCAUGAAAUUACCACCAACGCAAUCGAAAUAUGAAUAUUUGCAACACUUCUUUCUUACAUUGUAA